AUGUCUAUCUGCAUUCUUCACAACGGUUCUCUGCCAAGUGUGCUGAACGAGGUCUUCAACGAACUCGACGACGCUCUCGGCCAAGUCCUCCUGGUGAGACCACCUGCUUCUUCUCCUCCAAAGGGGAAUAAUGAAAAGAAAGCCGUGAUGGGUCAAAUGGGCAAGGUUACCGAUGACGGGUCAAAAUUCACAGUCGCCUUGAAUGUUUCGAAAUUCAAGCCAGAUGAACUGAAAGUGAACAUCGAUGGCCGAACCCUUACCGUAGAGGGUAAACAAGAAGUCAAAGAUGGCUCGAGUUACACGGCCAGGUCAUUCGUUCGCCAAUGGGUUCUUCCAGAAGGUGUCGACGUUGAGCAGAUACGAUCCAGCCUUACCGACGAGGGUCAGCUGGCCAUCGAGCUACCAAAGCCCAAACCGGCCAUCAACUCUAGGAAGUAUCCCUAUCCUCAAAGUAACCGAUCACUCCUGAGACUUUGUUCUGUCAGUACUGCCUUGUCCAUAAUGAUCUCUAUUCUUACGGACAUUCUACUGUCAUCAACCUUGCUGCUGUCAUCAUGUUUUUAUGUCUGA